ACAAGCGCCGGUUUCCGAUCUUCUUCUCCGGAAAUGGGAUUCAUGGGAGCCGAUCUUCGAGCCUCCCUCGCGAUCGCAUUGUUUUCUCUUCUUUGGGUUUCUGGAUUUUCCGUUGUUCCUUCAAAGGAUUCGCUGGGCAUAGCUCCACAAGAUGAGGGUUACUAUAAGUCCAGUGUGAUCCUAUGCAAGGAUAGAUCGAAGAAAUUCACCAAAGAGCAGCUCAACGAUGAUUUUUGUGAUUGCCUGGAUGGAACUGAUGAACCUGGAACAUCCGCCUGUCCAGAAGGGAAGUUUUAUUGUCGGAAUGCAGGUCAUAUCCCUCUUACAAUCUUCUCUUCCAGAGUAAAUGAUGGUAUUUGCGAUUGCUGUGAUGGGAGUGAUGAAUAUCAUAGCCACAUGAAGUGCCCUAAUACUUGUUGGGAAGCUGGGAGAGCAGCUCGAGAAAAUUUGAAGAAGAGGAUAUCAACUUAUCAGGAGGGAGUUCGGAUACGGAAGGGGGAUGUGGACAAGGCAAGACAAGCAUUUGCUAAAGAUGAGGCGGACUUGGCGAAACUAAAAGCUGAAGAGGAAUCACUUAGUGCGCUUGUUCAGAAGCUUAAAGAAAACAAAGAACGGAUAGAGAAGGCAGAGGAAGAAGAGCGUAAAAGAAAAGAGGAGGAGGAAAAGUGGAUGAGGGAAGAAAGUGAGAAAGUCAAUGUGCAAGAAAUAGCUCCUGAAGAGACUUUGCACAGUAAUGCUGAGGCUCUUCAUGCUGAACUUUUAGCUUCUGCAGAUAAGCCUCUUGACGCUCAAGAUGACCCAUCACUUAAAGCUGAAGCUGGUGCUGUGAGUGAGGCUAAGGAAGUAUCCCCUGAACAUGUAACCGAUCAGGUGCAAGAAAACGUUGAUAUGGAGAAGUUGUCAAAGGAAGAGUUGGGUCGUCUUGUGGCUUCUCGAUGGACUGGUGAAAAUGCUGCACAAAAGAUGGAUGUAGAUACUACCACUAAAGAAGAGCAUAAUGAUGAUAAUAAUCUUGAUACAUCAAACAGUGGCAAUGUACGAGGCGAUGAUGAUGAUAGUUAUACUUCAGGAAUAGAUGCAGAUAGCAAGUAUGAUGGUGAUGAUGAUGAGGAGGAGGAUGAUGAUGACGAUGAUGAUGAUGAUAUUUCAGAUGAUGAAUUUGAAGAUGUUGAUACUAGUAGAUCUUUUAACUCUGAUAAUGAUGAGAAAGCUGAAGUUUCAGAUUUGACUAGCUCAUCUACAUCAUCUUGGCUGGAAAAGCUUCAGCAAACCGUCCAAAAUGUUUUACAGGCUUUUAACUUUUUCAAGACUCCAGUGGAAAUAUCAGAGGGUGCUCGUGUUCGGAAAGAAUAUGAUGAUUUGAGCUCAAAGUUGUCAAAACUUCGAUCAAGAAUUGCUCGUCUUACUGAUAUGCUAAAGCAUGACUUCGGAAAGGAGAAGGAAUUUUACUCAUUCUAUGACCACUGCUUUGAGAGCAAGCGGAACAAGUAUAUUUACAAGGUUUGUCCAUUCAAGGAGGCCACCCAGGUUGAAGGCCAUAGUACCACACGAUUGGGGAACUGGGAUAAAUUCGAAGACUCAUACAGAAUCAUGCAAUUUUCUAGAGGUGCGAGAUGCUGGAAUGGCCCUGAUAGAAGCUUAAAGGUUAGGCUCUGGUGUGGAUUGAAAAAUGAGCUUACUGAUAUAGAUGAACCAAGCCGAUGCGAAUACAAAGCCAUGCUUUCAACACCUGCAGUAUGUACAGAAGAAAAGCUACAGGAACUGCAGCAGAAACUAGAACAAAUGAACUCCAAUCAACCGUUGCCGCACGAUGAGCUUUGAACUUUUCAGUAGAGGAUUGUCAAUCUUGGAAGGACCAAGAAUUUUUGAGGCAGCAUGAUACUCGUUUGUGCUCGUGAAGUUUAUAUUUAUUAAGUUAAUUAAAUCAAUAGUUAUUCAAGAGAUUGUACAAUGAUAUUGAUUGUGAAAAAUUGAUGAAAAAAAAAGAAAUUAUUUUGAAUUUGAAUCA